GCUGACUUAUUUCUCCUUUUGUCACACUGACUCGCUUCUCUCACGGAAAAAGCAAAAAAACAAAAACAAAACAAAACAAAACAAAAUCAGCAAUCAAUGAAGAAAAACAAGAAAAACUUUCAUUUCAAACAUUUGUUUCAUAACAGGCAGCAGAUCUUUGUGAUUCUCCUGGUUAUUCAUUUUUUGAAACCUUGAUUUUUAAACCUUGAUUCAGAAAGUGAAUGUAAAGUUUAGAUUUGUGGAGCUCAAACAGUGAAAAUGGCUUCUCUAUCUGAAGAUGAUUUGUCUUGUCCUGUGUGUCAUGAAAUCUUCAAGGAUCCUGUUGUUUUAUCAUGUGGUCACAGUUUCUGUAAAGAGUGUCUUCAACAGUUCUGGAGAACCAAGGAAACUCAGGAGUGUCCUGUCUGCAGGAGUUUGUCAAGACACGAGCCUCCAUGUAAUCUUGGGUUAAAAAACUUGUGCGAGUCGUUCCUGAAGGAAAGAAAUGAGAGGCGUUCUUCAGGAUCUGAGGAGAUCUGCAGUUUACACAGUGAGAAACUCAAACUCUUCUGUCUGGAGGACAAACAGCCUGUGUGUUUAGUGUGCUUGACUUCAGAGAAACACGACAAUCACACAUUCAGACCCAUCAGUGAAGUUGUUUCUUCAUAUAGGGAGGAGCUCAAAACAGCAAUGAAGUCCUUAAAAGAGAAACUGAAACACAAUAAAAACAUUAAAGAUGAGUUUGAAAAAACAGUUCAACACAUCAAGUCUCAAGCUGAGCACACAGAGCAUCAGAUUAAACAGCAGUUUGAGAAGCUUCAUCAGUUUCUCAGAGAUGAAGAAGAAGCUACAAUCACUGCACUAAGGGAGGAAGAGGAGCAGAAGAAGCAGAUGAUGGAGAAGCUGGAGGAGAUGAACAGACACAUCUCAGCUCUUUCACACACAAUCAAAGACAUGGAGGAGAUGAUGACAGACAAUGACGUCUGCUUUCUGAAGAAGUUUCCAGUCUCAAUGGAAAGAGUCCAGAUCUCACAGCCGGAUCCACAGAUGGCUUCUGGAGCUUUGAUUCAUGUGUCACGUUACUUGGGCAACCUGCAGUUCAGAGUCUGGAAGAAGAUGCAGGACAUUGUCCAAAACACUCCUGUGAUUCUGGAUCCAAACACUGCUUUUCCACAUCUCGUCCUGUCUGAUGAUCUGACCGGUGUGAGAUUCAGUGGGAACAAACAACCUCUUCCUGAUAAUCCAGAGAGAUUUGACUAUCAUGACUGUGUUCUGGGUUCAGAGGGUUUUAACUCAGGAACACACAGCUGGGAUGUGGAGGUUAAAGAGAGUGAACACUGGAGUCUUGGAGUAACUACAGCAUCAAACCAGAGGAAGGGACGUGAUUUCUUUAACACUGAUGUCUGGAGCGUGCAGUACGGACUGAUUGAAGAGUUUGGUUUUUGUGUUGAACAGGAUCUUGAGGAUCUUGAGUGUGUGAGAGUACAUCUGGAUUAUGACAGAGGAACAGUGUCAUUCUCUGAUCCUGUAACUAACACACAUCUACACACAUUCACAACCACCUUCACUGACACACUCUUUCCAUUCUUCUGUACAUAUAGUUUUUCCUGUCUGAGGAUCUUACCGGUCAAUAGUCAGUAAACGUUACAUCUGUAGGUCUGGAUCGAGCUGCUUUCAUCUUUUACACAUCAUGUUUCCAAUAUUUGUGUGUAAAACUUCUCAGAAAUGCUCUUAAAGGGAUAGUUCACCCAAAAAUGUUGUCAUAAUUUACUCACGCUCAUGUCGACCCAAACCUGUAUGAGUUUCUGUCUUCUGUUGAACAUAAAAAUGUAAUGUGUCUGUUAUCUGAUUGGCUUAGACGGUGGGUGGAGUCCAGAAAUGAAUGCCAGGAGUUGUGUUUGUGACACAACAUAUUUUUAAAUAUUUUUUUUUAUUUGCAAAUCUCAUUUUAUUUAUUUAUUUUUUUUAAUUUUUGUGAAUUUCUUUACAUUUAUUUGUUAAUCUCGGUCUGUUUAUUUGGAAAAAUGCAACAAUACUCUCCCCAAAGGCAAGAGCCAAACUAAAGCGAACACUGAUCACCAUGAUGGUGAAAACUGAACAUUUUCAAAGAAACAACAUCUAAAUCUCUGUUAUUCUCAAUAAGAACUGCUGUAGAUGUCUGACAGAAAUAAAGUAAAUCUGGUUAGUAAUAAGUGAAGCUGGUAA